AUGGUGUCUUAUAAAGAAAUUCAAGCAUCUAAUGCGCUCAUUAAUGAUGCAACAGCCCCGCGCGUCGCAGUCUUUGCCGGCGGCACAUCAGGCAUCGGGAAGCUCACGAUCAAGGCGCUUGUUGCUACGGGUACGAGCGUGAGAAUCUACCUAGUCGGGCGCAAGAGUGCUGAGGAGCGCAUGCGUAUUUUCAUCCAGGAGUUGCACUCCAUCAACCCAAAGGCGGAAGUCGUCUGGACCGAAGGCGAGAUUGCUCUCCUCCAAGAGACCAAGAGAGUAUGCGAUGUCAUCAAGAGCAAGGAGUCACGCAUCGACUUAUUGUUCCUAACCGCGGGCUACGCCCCAUUUGGCAGACGAGCGGAGACUGCCGAGGGCAUAGAGGUCACUCAGAGCCUGGAAUACUACUCGCGAAUGUUAUUCGUCCUACAUCUUCUCCCACUCCUGCGUGAAGCGGAGGCACCCAGGGUCGUCAGUGUUCUGGGCGGCGGGCUGGAGUGGGCAAAUGUCGACCUGGAUGACAUGGACCUGAAGAAGCCGGGAAAUUUUGGCCCGAUGAAGGCUCAGACGCAGUACGUGGCUAUGAACUCGAUGGCAUUGGAGAAGCUGGCCAACGACAAUCCCCAAGUGACUUUCGUCCACUCCUGGCCAGGGUGGGUCAACACAGGAAACGUAAGAAGGGGUUCAGAGCCGAACUCGGUUAUGGCCUGGUUCGCCUGGCUUUUUCUUGAGCCACUUAUCGCCCUAUUUUCGUUCAACGACGAGGAGUCCGGACAGAGGCACUUGUUCCAAAGUACUAGCGCUGCUUUUGGCGGCCGUGGCGUACCAUGGAAGGGCAAGCCAGGCAUAAAUUCGUUGCUGGAGCCGUUAAACGGGUUGUUUCUUGUCAACUAUAAGUGCGACUGUACUCCGAAUGCAAAGGCCAUGCCCUUGCUUCGAAAGAAUGCGCUGGGAAAGAUCUGGGACCAUACUCAAGAAAUUCUUCAACCCUACUUGUAG